GUUUUAAACGGGCAUGGACAGGGUUCAAUUGAAGGUUAAAUUUUGUGGUUAAAGGAAGUUUCUAAUGAAGCAAUACUGCAUUUCAACUCUUAUAAAAGUAAAUGCUUCAGUGAAUCCAGCAGUGAGUUUGUCAGGGGAGAACAAUGAACCAUAGAACAUUGAGCUGCUGUUAAAACGAAUGGAAACAAAUAAGAAAUACAGUAACUGAAACUGUCCUGACGAAACAUCAACAGUGCUGCCUGGCCUGCUGUGUUCCACCAGCAUUUUGUGUGUGUUGUUAACUGAAACUUUUAAUGGUUUUGAAGAUUAAACAAUGGAUAAUCUAAUUUUUCAGGAGGAGCUGAUCAACAAUUAUAUAGGUGCAGAACUAGGGUGGAUGUGGGAUUCUGCUGUUCCCAGAGGCAGGUAAACCUGUCAGUUCAUGCAAUACAAAAUAUGAAUAUACUGAUUUCAUUCAAGCUGUGUGGACCAGAAACCAUAUAAAGGAGUGGCUCUGAGCAUGUCAGACGUAAUUAUAUGCUGGACAGAAAGCACAUGAAUAUGGAUAAUUGGACAGGCAUGGAUUGUACAACUCAUCGUUUUUCUAUGUUUAUCAAGACUGCAGAAGCUGGACAAUCUGCACAAGGAACAGUAUCCACUAGCAACAUAAAUACAAUUGAUUAGAAAGUAGAAAAGGAAGCUGGAAAAAUACUUUCAAGUAUAUCCAGAAAAGAAGCUUCAGAUAACAAAUGGAAGUUGUUUAUGUCACAUUUAUAUUGAUGUAUCAGAUCAGUGUGGAUACUUGUGCAGAAUUUGAAGUAUUUACUCUGCCAUCACUAUUGAGUAAAAUUGAACUGUUCAAUACUCUCUGUAGGAGCCAUACACCUGUUCUCUAUCUGCAUUGUAUUCUGUGUUGUGUUUAUUAUGUAAACUAUGGUAACUAGUAGCAAGUGGGGCAAUAGUAAAAGUGGAAGGAAUAAGUUAUAUCUUCAUGCUUUGUUCAUUGCAGUUUGUAGUAGCUGGGGGACGAUGGAUGCCAUAUCUUUUGCUGACCGCUCAGUAACACUUAAUUAUGUUUAGCUUACACUCAGGUACUUUUAAAUUUCAUCACUUUGAGUUUAUACGUUUGCUAAAAGGAUCAUCAUAUGCAUAACCUUGACUUUUGGAGCAAUCAUUACUGAAGUGAGGGCUCGUCAUGCAAGUAUAACAAAUCCAUAGGGUUGCCGGCAGUGGCAAUUAUUUUGAUUCUGGUUUUGGUUUAGAUUGUCCACUAUAUUCUGUCAGCCAAAGUUUUUGAUAGUUAUACCAAAUGACCAUCAGCAUUUAGAUGUGUCUGUGAAAUUAGAAGCAUUGCAGCUUGGAGCAGCUUGUGGCAAGUAAAGACCUUUUGUUGGUUCAUGCUUUGUUUGGAACAUAGUUUUGAAUGGCCAAUGCUACUUGUCCAAAUGGGGACUGAAAACUGUACAGUCGUGUUUGCAGAGUCAUUUGACCUUUGGUUCUGUUGAAAUGCUGAAUUGAAUUUGCCGCUGUUUUGUCAGGUUUGUGCACUUGGAAAACAACAUGAAUCAAACUGGAAGCAGUGACCUUGAAGUCAAGGCUAAGAGAGAAAUUAAACAAACAUACAAUUUUGAAGGUCAGGUUACUAGAGGAAAUGAAAAUAUUUAUAAAGCCACAGAACAGGUGCUGUGACAAUGUAUAAAGCUGAAGAAACACAUUGGAAGCACAGGUGGAACAGCUUCAGAGAAACCAGGAACAGAUGGGAGAGCAACCUCAGAGAAAGAUGGAGCAACUUAAGUUGCCAGAAGAAAUUGUAGCCAAGAUGGCCAAAAUUAAGAUGCUAAGGGAUUCAAGAGCCAUGGGUGCUAAACAUGCUCCAGCAGAGCAGUUGUAUGAUGAGAGCUCCUAUGUUGACAUGGAACAGAGAAAAACCAGCAAACUCAAUAUAAAUGUGGAAAUAUUUGAGCCAUGUGAUUGAACUCCAAGAGAAAGUUCAGGGUGAUCACCCUCAGCCUGCACCAAGGAGGCCCUCUGAAUCUAUGCCAUAUCCAAUAGCUCAAGAUCCUUCCGAGAACAUUGACUUACAGUAUAAUGACACCCAUGUUUCAGAUGACAGAAGUCUAAAUGUGCUAGAGGCUAUAAGGAAGUGAAAGGAAAUAGCAAGCUUAGUGAUGCAACAACAAUGGUUUGAAAGAAAAAUUCAAAUCUUCAAUGGCAAUCCAUUCAUUUUUGAGUGCUUUCAAGAACCCAAGCUUUACUGCAGGAACGCUUUGGUGAUGAGCACAAAAUUGCUGUGGCCUACCUGGAAAAGGCUCUUUCUUGGCCACAUAUCAAAUCAGAAGACGUGAAAGCUCCUCAAGAUUAUUAUUCUUAGAAGCUGUUGCAAUGCCAUGGAAAACAUGCAGGACAUGCGCGAGUUGGACAUUCCUGCUAAUUUGAGGAUUGUUGUGAAUAAAUUGCCCGAUAAACUUAGGAAGAAAUGGAGAUCAGUAGUGUAUAAAUUGCAGGAAAGGCAAACCAUAGGGUUACUUUCACUGACAGUGCUGAUUUUGAAAGACAAGUAAAGAUUGCUACAUACCUAGUGCUUGGGAAAAAGUACAAUGCUACAUCGCUGGCAGUUAUGAAAGGUGUGAACAAAACUGGAUCACAAAUUCAUUCUCAUGCUAAAGGAAGCAGCUUUGUCACUACUAUAGCUACUGUGGAAAGUGAGGCUACAACUAAGCCCGGAACUGAUGAAAAGGUGGCAGGUUCCAAACAAACUGUGAAUGAAGCAAACACAGCAAUGAGUACUGUGUUGGUAUCUAAUGCCUCGAUGGGGGCUGGUCUUUGUGAUUGUAAACAACCUAUAAUUCCAUUUCAGGUGAAGUCUAAGAAUAGUAACAAGACAGUCGGUACUUAAGCUUUCCUAGAUCAAGGAAGUAUAGCACAGUGAGACUCAUGAACAAGUUCAAGCUGACAGAAAAAGGAACAUGUAUUCUCUUAAGCAUGAUGAGUCAUGAGAAGGCUGGGAAUAGCUACGCUGUUUCAGGAUUGGAAAUGGCUGGCUUAGAUAGUGAAAAUUAUUGUGAACUGCCUAACAUCUAUUCGGAGGAAUGUAUGGCUGUCUUCAAAGGGAAUGUUGCUCAUCAGGGAGAUCUUCAGAAAUGGUCUCACCUGAAGCUGACUCAUUUGCCAAAUAUUGAGUCAAAAAUUGAGCUACUGAUGGGGGUAAAUGUUUCUAAAGCAUUGGAGCCAUUGCAUGUGACUUGCAGUGUUAAUGAUGGACCCUAUGCAAUCAGAACAAUGCUGGGUUGGACUGUGAAUGACCAUUGAAAGGAGACCGCAGUGGCGGAAGAGAGUAGGCUUGGCCAGAGCUGGUUUCAUACUUGGAUCAGCUUUGACAGGAAUAUUUCACGACGGGUUUUCCUGAAUACAGACAAGAGGAACAACCUCACAAAACGCAGAAGGAGCUCACCAAGCCAGGCAGCAUCUAUGGAAAACCAUAUAGUCGACAUUUUGGGCCAAGCCCCUUCAUCAGGUCUGGAGAAAAAGGAUGAGGAGUCAGAGUUAGAAGGAAUGGGAAUGGGAGGAAAAAAACACAAGGUGAUAGGUGAGACCGGGAGCGGGUAGGAGUGAAGUAAAAAGCUGGGAAGUUGAUUGGUGAAAGGUAUACAGGGCUGGAGAAGGUGGAAUCUGAUAGGAGAGGACAGAAGGCAAUGGAAGAAAGAAAGGGAGAUGAGAACCACAGGGAGAUGAUGGGCAGCUAAGGAGAUAAGAUGAGAGAGGGAAAAGGGGAUGUGGAAUGGUGAGGAGGCCACAUUCAGGUUGGAGGAAUAACACUUUAUAUUCUAUCUGGGUAGCUUCCAACCUGAUGCCAUGAACAUCGAAUUCUCAAACUUUUAGUCAUGCGCCCCCCCCUUAACCAUUCCCCAGUCCCAUUUCCCUCUCUCACCUUAUCUAAGCCCAUCAGCUCCCUUUGGUGCUCCUCCCCCUUUUCUUUCUUCCAUGGCCUUCUGUCCUGUCAGAUUUCCCCCUUUUCCAGCCCUGUAUCUCUCUCACCAAUCAACUUCCCAGCUCUUUACUUCACUCCUCCUCCCUCCUGGUUUCACCUAGUGUUUCUUCCCCCCACCCCCACUUCUAACUGACUCCUCAUCAUUUUUCUCCAAUCCUGAUUAAGGGUCUCGACCUGAAACGUUGACUGUUUACUCUUUUCCAUAGAUACUGCCUGGCCUGGGGAGUUUCUCCAGCAUUCUGUGCAUGUCGCUUAGAUUUCCAGCAUCUGCAGAUUCUCUCUUGAUUGUGAAGAGGAAUGACCUGGUUUGGCAAGAGAAGAUCACAAUCCAGGAUAGACAGCUUACCAAAAGAGGACAUUUGUUGGAUUAAAGGAUAUUUUAAAGGAUUAUAAAGGAUAUCAUUUAUAUUAUAAAGGAUAUCAUUUAAAGGAUAUACUUAAGAAUUUUCAGUAUACUUCAAGCAUUUGAUUAAAACUGCACUUAAAAUGGACAAUACUGAACUGAGCAGUGUCCCAAGCUAUAAUGUUAGCCGCCCAGUUUUUAACGAGGAAGCUUUCCGAGCCUACCUAAAUAAGAAGAGGAAACACAGUUCAUCAAAGAAGGAAAAAUUACUACGGUAUUUUCGUUGUUCAACCACAAAAGCCAAGUCAAUACUCUUCAGCUUUGUUCCCAUUCUUCUAUGGUUACCCAACUACCCAAUAAAGGAAUAUUUAUUUGGGGACAUCAUUUCUGGUGUGAGCACUGGAGUAGUGCAGCUACCUCAGGGUUUAGCAUAUGCCAUUUUGGCAAGUGUUCCACCUGUAUUUGGCCUGUAUAGUUCAUUUUUUCCAGUUAUAUUAUACAUGAUAUUUGGAACAUCAAGACAUGUGUCAAUAGGGACUUUUGCAGUUAUCAGUUUAAUGGUUGGUGCAGUGGCUAUAAAACUUGUACCAGAUGAUAAAUAUGUGGAUUCCUUAAAUGCAACUAAUAACUCCCUGGCACUUGCAGAAAGAGAUGCAAUGAGAGUUAAAGUAGCAACGGCUACAGCCUUCUUAACAGGAAUUCUGCAGUUUUGCCUUGGGCUCCUGCAUUUCGGGUUUGUUGUUGUUUACCUCUCGGACCCUUUAGUGCGAGGUUUCACCACUGCUGCAGCUAUACAUGUCUUUAUAUCUCAGUUAAAAUAUCUGAUGGGCGUCAAAACUAAAAGAUAUAGUGGACCGCUAUCAGUAAUUUAUUCUUUUCUUGCUGUAUGUGAAAAUAUUAAGGACACUAAUAUUGCAGCAGUAAUUGUUGGAGGAAUUUGUAUUGUCAUCCUUUUUGGAGUGAAAGAAGUGAAUGCCCGCUGCAAAGAUAGAUUUAUGGCUCCCAUUCCUGUGGAGCUUAUUGUGGUGGUUAUUGGCACUGGUGUUUCUGCUGGGAUAGACCUCACUGGAAAUUAUAAUGUAGAUGUCAUUGGAUGUAUACCCACUGGAUUGAGGACUCCUGUUCUACCUGACAUCAGUUUACUUCCAGAAAUAUUUGCAGAUUCUUUUGCAAUUGCAAUAGUUGGUUUUUCUAUGACUGUGUCAAUGGGGAAGAUAUUUGCACUGAAACACAGUUACACUGUGAAUGGUAAUCAGGAACUUAUUGCAUUAGGAUUCUGCAAUUUUAUUGGAUCCUUUUUCCAAACAUUUCCUAUUGGUACCUCAAUGUCCCGAAGUCUUGUGCAAGAGAGUACGGGAGGCAACACUCAGAUUGCUGGAGGACUAUCUGCCUGUGUUGUUCUCUUGGUCAUUGUUGCAUUCGGUUAUCUCUUUGAGCCAUUACCUCAGACUGUGUUGGCGGCCAUUGUGAUGGUGAACUUGAAAGGAAUAUUUAAGCAGGUUACAGAUAUACCUUUACUCUGGAGAACAAGCAAGCACGAACUUGCAUUGUGGUCUGUAUCAUUUUUGGCCUCUCUUCUUUUGGGACUGGACUAUGGACUCAUGGUUGCAGUGGGAUUUGCCAUUUAUGGAGUUGUUUUUAGAACACAAAGUGCUAAAUACAGAAUUCUUGGCCAGAUACCUAAUACAGAUAUUUACUGGGACGUAGAAGCUUAUGAGGAGGUGCAGGAAGUCCCUGGCAUAAAAAUAUUUCAAUCAAAUUCCUCCCUGUACUUUGGAAAUGUUGACUUGUAUAUGAGUGCCUUACAGGAAAAGAUUAAAAUAGAUCCCACUGCAAUAUUAAUGGCAAAGAAAAAUCUUGAAAAGAAAAUGAAACAAAAAGCAAAGUUGGCAGAGAAGAAGAAGGGAACCUUCCUAAAAUUGAGAAAAAGUUCAAAAGAGCCUGUAGCUGAUGACAAAGUGCCUGAAAAUCAUCAAACUGAAGGGAUUCAUAGAGGAAUUUUAAAUACCCCCAACUCUGUGGAAUAUAGUGCAAGUGCUGGAGCAACUGUAUCAGAUGCAAACGAUGCAGUAGACAUGUUAGAUACAAGCCAUGACGAAGAACAAGCAACAUAUGUCAAAUCAACAUCUGACAUACAUUCCUUGAUUCUGGAUUUCAGUCCAGCCAAUUUUGUAGAUUCUGUUGGAGCAAAGGGGCUUAAAAUGAUGCUGGAGAAAUAUGAAGAAAUUGGAAUUAAUGUAUUCAUAGCUGGGUGUAAUGGGUCCGUAAUAGCAGAUCUGGAUAGACUGGAAUUCUUUGACAGCUCAAUUACAAGAGAUCUUCUAUUUCUUACUGUACAUGAUGCUGUGCUUCAUUGUCAAUAUAAGUCGGCUUCUGAGUCACUAUAGAAGAGUCUUUUACUACAAUUGGCUGUCUUAAUGUAAUUUGCAAAACUUUAAACGGGCAUCACCUGGUAACAUAGAAAGUCACCACCACAGAAAAAGCUUGGUAUUUUCAGGAAUGGGUAAUGCAUUCCAGUUUAAUACCAGAGCACAAUCUCACCAUUAGUCUAAGAAUAUGAUUAAUUUAUGUGCUCUAACUUCAAUACGUUAUAGAUUUAGGAUUGAGGAAUUUCUACAUUGGUAACUUGAUUAUAAAGUUCUGCAUUUUAAUUAUUCUUUUCUUCAUUGUUCAUGAGUUUUGCAUCCAGUUCGAAGAGCAGAUCAGAAUAAAUUAUCUGUUCUUGCCUCCACACCUCUUCCAACAUGUGGAGAGUCAAGUGGAACCAGUAUUCUCAAUUGUUAUGCUAGAGGAUAGCCUUUUAAUAAGUCUGAAACCAUACAUAUUUGAUUAAUUAUAUUGACCAUUGCUGUGGUUUUCUUUGAAUUAUUCAUCUUAAUCAAGAAAAGUGUGCUCUGAAAAAUAAUUCCCAACCUAAUUAUGGUCAGCAUAAUGCAGGUAAAAUGUAUGUUAAUGUUCUGUUUUUGUAAAAUUAUGUUACUAAUCAAAUCUGAAAUUAUUUACCUGAUUGUGUUGUUUCUCCUUUACUACAGUAUGUGACAUCCUCCUUGGUCAUGUACUGCAAAAUUUCCCAAUACAUUUAGUCCCUUUUUAAUAUGAAGUACUUUCAUUGCAUCUGUUUUUAGGCAGAAGGAGCAAGACUGACAUUUCUAGUUGUAAAAUUAAAGUGAGGUUGAAAUCAGUUGUUCUACAACCCUGUCCUGCUCAUUUAGGGUUGGGUAACUUUCUUGAUGUAUUUUAAUAUGAAUCUUUAGUCUAUAAUGAAAUUCUGCCAUUUGCAAUUUCAGGGAACUGCUAAAUAGGUGGCACUAAAUGUAUCAUUGUGAUUAUGUAAAUAGGCUUUUUUUUUAAUUAGAACAUUUCAAAAACAUCUGAAUUUUGAUAGUCGUCAAACCCAUUUUUCAUUACUUAGGAAAUACCUUUUUCUCUGUUUUUGAUGUUUUGAAGGUCACUUUACACAAUCUAAGCUAGUAGCACAGUAUAAAUACACAUGCUGUUAGAGUGAUUUGGGGAUACAAGUACAGCCAAUAAUGCUGGGUGCACUAUAUACUAAUGGGCAGGUACCUAAAACACAAGUUUAAUUGUUUGCAUUUUGUUCUUGUUUGUCAUUCUAAAUUAUCCUAAGUGAACUACUUCACUCCUUCUGUUCCCAGAUUCUAUUCUAUUCCACUUUGUACAAAGAGAAAAAAAUCCAUGUGCACCUGAUCAUAAUUUACUGAGAUUUGCAAUGACAAUUUAAUUUUUUUUGUGUGGAAAAAGCUGUGUACAGUGCACUGUCUUGAUGGUAAUGUGGUAAAUCCAUUGGUCAAAAUAUGCAUUUUUGUUGGAAACAAUUAUUCUUUGAGGAAACAUGAGAAUGUCUCAUUAGUCUCUGAAAUCACUAAGUUUGUCGGACUAAGAAAGGCCAAUAGUUCAUUGAUGUUUGUAUCUUAUCAAAGUGUUUGGCUGCUGUCAAGUAGGAGGAGCUCAAAAUGAAGGAAAGAUGCCAAGUUUUUUUUUCAUUGGGAGGUAGAUGCAAUUUUAGAGGGAGAACCUGCAAGUCAUUACAAUUUUGGCGAUUUUGCAUAUUUUCUAAGUUUGUUGCAUGGCCCCAAAGUCCAACAGCUACCUUGACUUUUAACUUGUUUACAUGGCAUUGAAAUCAUUCUCUUUGAGAAAAGUAGCACUUUCUCUAGAAAAGUGGAACAAUAACAAACCCUCUGAUAUUUGGACAUCCUAGAUAUCUUGCAUUGAGGGUGAUCAGGUUUAACAUGAUUUUGCUGAGGUGGUGUUUUUGUACAGUCUCUGAAAUUGUGUAUAAAGUAUUAUCUCAGUUUGCCUUAAAGUGGAUAUUAAAAAUCCACAUUGAAGACCUUACACGUCCUAAGUUUUCAAGCUUAUUGCCGUUGGGACAAUGGAAAAGUCAUGACUUAUUUUUAACAAUUCUGGAACUAUAUUACAGAAAAAAUAGGCUGCUAUUUGGGAUUUUGUAUCAAAUAAUUUUUGAAUAUGAAUGUAAAUUAAAAUCACAUGAUGUGAAAAUGUAAUUUAAAGUUAUUGGAAAUGUAUUUUUAUACUAUAUAUUAAAGUAUUGUAAGUUGGAUUUCCAUAUGACUUGCUAUUUAGUAAGGCUUUAAUUUUUGGCUUGAAUUUACUGCUUGUCAUCAUUCAUAACUUGUGUUUAACAUGUUCUAUUCCAAUAAGCUAAUGGUGAAACUAAAACUGUAUUUCCUUUAAUUCAGAGUCAUAGAAAUGUACAACUCUAGCAGGCUUUUUGGCCCAUCUUGUCUUUGCCAAUCUUGAUGCCCCUCUGUGCAAAUCCCAUUUGCCACCAUUGGUCCCAUUAUUCUCCAUGCCUUUCCUUUCCAAGUACCUAUCCAGACACAUUUAUUGUUGUAAUUCUAACAGCGACCAUCACCACAUCUAGCAGCUUGCUCCGACUUUGGUAGUUUUAAAUAAGACCAUGAGACCUAGGAGCAGAAUUAGGCCUUUCAGCCUUCCAGCCUUUUUCCCCAUAACCUUUGACACCCCUUACUAAUCGAAAACCUUUAAACCUCCACUUUAAAUCCUAUCCAAUGCCUUGGCCUCCAUGGCUGUCUGUGGCAGUAACUUCCAUAGAUUUACCACCCGCUGGCUAAAGAAAUUCUUUCUCUUCUCUGUUAUAAAGGGGUGUCCUUCUAUUCUGAGUCUGUGUCCUCUGGUCCUAAACUCUCCCACAACUGGAAACAUCCUUUCCACGUCCAGUCUAUCUAAGCCCAUCUAUAUUCGGUAGGUUUCAAUGAGUUCCCCAAGAGCCAUCAAAUACUCUUCAUAUGUUAACCCAUUAAUUUCUGGAAUUAUUCUCAAAAUCUUCUCUAGAACCAUAACAACACCAGCACAUCCUUUCUUAGAUAUGGGACCUAAAACUGCACACUGUUCUCCAACUGCAGUCUAACCAGUGCCUUCUAAAGCCUCAACCUUACAUCCUUGAUUUUAUAUCUGAGUCCAUUCUAACAUUGCAUUUGCAGUUCUUACCAUUGAUAUAACCAGCAAGUUCAUCUUUAGGGAAUAUUGCACUGGGACUCAAGUCCCUUUACACCUCCAAUUUCUAAAUGCACUCCCUGUUUAGAAAAUAGUCUACACCUCCUUCUAUCAAAGUGCAUCACCAUACACUUCCUAUUCCAUCUGCCACUUCUUUGCCCAUACUCCAAAUCUGUCCAAAUCCUUCUGCAGAAUUCCUGCUUCAUCAACACUACCUGCCUCUCCACCAAUCUUUGUGUCAUCUGCAAACUUGGCCAUAAAGCCAUUAAUUUCAUCAUCAAGAUCAUUAACGCAUAACGUGAAAAGUAGCAGUCCCAACAUCAAGCCCUGUGGAAUACCUUUAGUCUCUGGUAGCCAACCAGAAACGGUUUAUUCCCACUUUGCCUCCUGCCAGUCAGCCAAUCUUCUAUCCAGGACAAUAUCUUUCCUGUAAUACCAUGGGCUCUUGUUUAGCAGCAUCAUGUGUGAAGAAAGUAUGGCAGCACCUCUACUUCCUUAGAGUUUUUGAAGAUUUGGCAUGACAUCAAAAACUUUAAACUUCUUUUGAUGUGUGGUAGAGAGUUUAUUAAUUGGUUGAAUCACAGCCUGGUUAGGAAACACUAAUGCCUUUAAAAUGACAAGUCUACAAGAAGUAGUGGAUAUGGCCCAAUCUAGCACGGGUAAGGACCUCCCUCUAUUGAACACAUAAGACCAUAAGAUAUAGGAGCAGGGGCAGGCCAUUUGGCCCAUUGAGUCUGCUCCACCAUUCAAUCAUAGGCUGAUCCAAUUCUUCCAGUCAUCCCCACUACCCUGCCUUCUCCCCAUACUCUUUUAUGCCCUGGCUAAUCAAGAACCUACUAUCUCUACCUUAAAUACAUCCAAUGACUUGGCUGCUCGUGACAACAAAUUCCACAGAUAUAACACCCUCUGACUAAAGUAAUUUCUCUGCAUCUCUUGGAUUUAGUUUUUUUUCCCCCAACAUCAUCAUUAUGUGCCUUGUCAUUUGACGAGGUUGACCGUGGUCUUAUCCAUGAGUGACCCCAGCUAUUAUCGAUGGAUUGUGUGCCUGGUGUCAGUGGUCACAUAACCAGGAUUUGUGGUGUGCACCAGCUGCUCAUACGACCCCACUCCAUUGGCUUCACUUGACCCCGAUUAGGGGGCUAAGCAGGUGCUACACCUUGCCCAAGAGUGACUUGCAGACUAGCAGAGAAAAGGAGUGCCUUACACCUCAUUUGGUAGAGACAUGUCUCCAUCCCACCACCCAGUCCUCAACAAUGGGGAAUAUUAUUAUCUGCAUGUUCUUUCAAGUCCUAAGAAUUCAAGUCACUAUUUAAUCUUACUGUUGUUUCAAAAAUGUUGAUCAAAACUGGAUCACCUAACACUUUGCCUGCUAGUUUUCUUUUCUAUGUCCUUGCCUAUUCAAUUGUCAAUCUCCAUCUUUUUUUAAAUUUGCACUUUUACACAUUGGAUGUUUUGUCCAUUGUUUGAUGCAGGUUGCAUCUGUAUGAG